AUGCUCAACCAGCUUAUAUCCGCAUUCAGAUCCUCGCUUACAUUCAACAAGUCGUCCCAGCAGCUGAGAUUCAGAGGCCAGCUUGCGCCUAGGCGGACAAAAUACCGCAAAAGCCACAAGGGUAGAGUGGGAUGUCCAACUGGUGGCAGCACUGCUGGUACUACCCUUGCAUUCGGUGAAUUUGGCCUGAGGGUCAAGCAAGGCACCAGGCUCUCAGCCAAGACGCUCCAGAGCUGCGAGGAGUCUAUCAAGCGCAAGAUAAAGCCACUCAAAGGCAGCCAGUGCUUUAUGCGAGUAUUCCCCGAUAUUCCUGUCUGCGUAAAGGGCAACGAGACCAGAAUGGGUAAGGGCAAGGGUACAUUUGAAUACUGGGCGUGUAGAGCCCAGCCAGGCAAAGUUAUAUUUGAAGUUGGCGGCGGUGGAAUGCGUUCUGAAGUGGCUCAAGAGGCCCUUCGUCUAGCACAGGCUAAGAUUCCUGUCAAGACUGAAUUCGUAAAGCUCAGCGAUCCACCAAAAUUGGGCAGCGCUUAUCUCACCUACCCACGCUCUAACGCCGGUGCAGCUGGUCCUGGUUUCGACGGCAGCCCUGCGCCUUGA